AAUGACUUCCAUUUCUCUUAUCUAAUACCCUUUCCUCCCCACACUACUUUUCCAUGGCUGCCUUUGUGUUUGCACUGCUCAUUUUGUCCAUCACAGGCGCCUCAAGUGCAACAUGGUGUAUAUGCAAAGAUGGAGUGGGGGAUGCAGUGUUGCAGAAGACACUGGACUAUGCAUGUGGAGCUGGAGCUGAUUGUAACCCCAUCCAUUCCAAUGGCCCCUGUUUCAACCCCAACACUGUUAGGGCUCACUGCAAUUAUGCCGUCAACAGUUAUUUCCAAAGGAAAGGCCAGGCCCUAGGCUCUUGUGAUUUUGCUGGCACCGCGAUUGUUUCUCCUUCUGACCCUAGCUUUGCGGGGUGUGCUUUCCCAUCUAGUGUCAGAUUAAUUGGACUUGUGGAAGGCGCGCUUCAUAAUCCGUGCCUUUCGUAGUUAGAGGUUUAGUUAAGGCGCGAAUGACGAUCCGUGUCUUCCCUUACGUGGCGUAAACUCGGACAUAACUCCACAAAGGCGUCAGAAAGGGUGUUAGAUCGAUAAUAUUAAGAGAAAGGAUGUCUGACAGGUAAUUAUUACCUGUGCCAUUGAUAUUUCAGUAAAAUCGUCUUAAGUUCAUGUUUCUAUGGCUGUAUCUUUAAAAAAAUGUUUCUAUGGCUGUAAACUAUUCGGGUGAAGUUUGAGUAUUGUGGCUCGACUCCAUUUAAAAAAUGUA